ACUGUCCCAGCCAGGCACACCAGAGGGGCUCUGGACGCUGUUUGUAUGGCAAUAAUGAAUACGCGAUAACUGCCAGGCGGUAAUGCGCUGUUAAUUGCCGGAGAAACGCGGCAAAAUUAUCAGAUAUAUCACCAAGUAUCUCGACAUUUAGUUCCUGUCUUGAGACUCUCGAGUCUAUCCGUGCUUGUUUGUCAUCUUGAGCUGAGGUUGACUCCCUUGGGCCACACUUUGCUGUAACGUUACUUCUGCCGUGUGACUACACAGAGAGUGUUCGACACUAAUAUCAGCAUCAAUAGCUAGGUCAGUACGAGGUAUCUCUUUCUCCUCAGUUUGUAGACAGCUAUGGGUGGGCUGGUAAACGGGCGUCGUGGAGGAAGAUCACCCCCACUAAUGAUUGGCGCUCUAGUCGCCUGCAUCCUGGUUCUGGGCUUUAACUACUGGGUGUCCAGCUCCCGCAACCUGGAGCUACAGACUAAGCUGUAUGAGUUGGAAGGCCAGGUGCGCCGUGGAGCAGCAGAGCGAGGAGUAGCAGAGAUGAAGAAGAAUGAAUUCCAGGAGGAGAUCCAGAGACAAAAGGAGCAGAUCAGCCACAUAGAAAGUCUCUACAAGAGACAGCUGGAAGGAGCCCAGAACACCUGCAGCCAAGAGAAGGGCACACUGCAGCAGAACAUUUCCUCCAGUACCAAAACCCUACAGGAACUCAAAGGUCAGUUGAAUCAGCUAAAUGAUGACCUGGGGAAGCUUCAGAAGGAGCUGCAGAGUUGCCAAGGCAACAUCAAAACCCUUAACAGCAAACUCACUUACGACAUGACCCAAUGUCACUCCCAGGUCCUGUCACAGAAGGAGUUGUGUGAUGAGAGAGUGGCUGCUGCUAAACUUGAAGUUCAUAAGAAAAUGGAGAAGCUCGUCCCUCCUCCAGGUGUCUCCUUACAGCAGGAAAAUGCAGUGAAUGAAGCAGUAAAAGAGGGCGGACCAGUCAUGACUGUGGCUGGUGCAGUUAAGACAUCAACUGUUGUAAGCCACACACCAAGCCUCUCUCAGCCCAAAGAAAAUGAACCACCUGAACUGCUGACCAAUGAGAUCAUCGUGGACAAAGGUCCCGAUGCCCCAGUGGACCUGGCUCCACCGAAGGAUCUCUCUGAAGUCGAGUCCCAGUCUGUUCCUUCCGCUGCUGCAGUCAAGCAGGGCGUUUUGCUACCAACAGAGAAGGGUGAGGCAGAGACCUCUAAACUUUUGAAGAAUAAUCUGACUGAGGAUAAAGAGAUGGAGGUGAUGGAUGCUCAUGAAGAGGGCGCUCAGACAGAAGAGGCAGAUGCUGGGAUGGAAGGCAUGCUGAUUGGCAGCGUGAAGGCAGAUAAGACUCCUAUUGGUCAGAAACUUGAGGAGCCAGAGGAAUAUGACGCAGAUGAACAAGUAAUGGGUGGAGUCGAUAUGGAGAAACAACAGCAGAGUAAACAGGCUGAAAAUAUAGACUUGGAGCAGGAGCUGGCUGACUAUAAUGGGGAUGAUGAGAACGAAGGCGAAUUUGAAGCAGACAAACAAGCUGAGCUUGCUCAAAUCUAAGGGCUGGAGUUGGCGCCCACACACCACAUUAGGAAGCAGGACCCGUUAUACACCUCAGCACAACAGGUUAAUGCAGCCCUCCAAACACAGUGAAUGCAAAACAAACAAAGAUGGAAAUUUCUAUAAGAAAGAUGUAACGUUGGUCUGUUAAUUUAACAAGCAUUUGCUUCCUGGAAUGUCUUUUAUUUGUCAUCUUAAUUGCAUUCUGUACAUUUGAUUUGAUAACAUGCAGUCAGAUAUUUUAUCAGUUGGGAUCAUCACGCUUACUGUAUUAGAGUAAGAAUAUUUACGACUUCAUAUGUAAUUCACAAAAAGGCCACAAAAAAUGACUGAAAAAUGCAAAUGUCAGCUAAGCGUGUACACUCAUGUUUUCCAUCCACAUGCAUUUCACUGUAUACAGAAAGCCCUGAGGUGCUUUUAUGGGGGACGACUGCUCACAUUCAUGAAAGUACUCAGUAACUUUCAUAUUACCUACUUAGUUAUUAGUUCUGUGUACUCUUAUGGAAGGGUGAACACAACUCUCAAGACUUGACACCCAUUGGCUUGAAAAAUUGAACAUCUCAACAUGCCUGGAAAUCAUUAGAUUUUGAUCAUGUAAUUAGAUGUGUUGUUUGUUAUAUUCACUCCGUAAUGACUAACUUAAAUGCAAUAUACAAUGGUGUGAAAAAGUGUUUGCCCCCUUCCUGAUUUCUUAUUUUUUGCAUGUUUGUCACACGUAAAUGCUUCAGAUCAUCAAACAAAUUAAAUAUUAGUCAAAGAUAACACAAGUAAACACAAAAUGCAGUUUUGAAAUGAAGGUUGUUAUAAUUCAGGGAAAACAAAAUCCAAACCUACCUGGCCCUGUGUGAAAAAGUGAUAGCCCCCUAAACCUAAUAACCGGUUGGGCCACCCUUAGCAGCAACAACUGCAAUCAAGGAUUUGCGAUAACUUGCAAUGAGUCUUUUACAGCGCUGUGGAGGAAUUUUGGCCCACUCAUCUUUGCAAAAACUCUCCAAUGUGGCUGAAUUACAACAAUUCUGCACUUUUUCACACCACAGUAAGUGAUGAUAAUGUGCAGACCCUUAUGGGGUUGUGAGGUGUAAUAUAGUAAGUGGAAAUGAUCUAAGUGAUCCCAGUGACUGAAAUCCUCCAUCAGAGGGCUCUGCAGCACAGGCCUCUUCUCUCUCACAGGUUUAACAGCUUCUUAAACGACGCCUUAAGUUACUCCUGUUCAGAGUCUCUCAUAGAAAUGCUGAUUUUGGGUCAAUGGCCAGAACAUUUUGCUCUACAAAAUGUCUGUCAGUGAAAGCAAAUGAGACUUCCCAUAACUGCAGCAAAUGAAGGAAAUGUGCUGAGAUUCUUGUUGAUUCCCAAAAAUGCUGUAAAAGCUGGCUUACUAGACAUGCCACAUAACAAACCAAACAAAAAAUUCACCUUCUGCAUUAUAUGCUGAUACUGAACACACUACAUUAUAAUUGCUGCAACUGGACAUUUCUGAUCACUGAGAAACCAUUUCUGAAGCCUAACUUUGUUGAAUUGCUUUGGCAUUUUAGUGGCAGCAAGUGCUUUUAUUUGCAGCUGUAUUUCAGAUCACAAAGUGUCACAAGGUUGAAUGUGUGCUGUGCUCAACAUUUGGGAUCAGUAAGACAGAAAAAACUGUUUUAGAUUAUAAUGAAGGGAAUAGUUUGGAACACCUGGAUAACAUUUGCAUUUUAUUUUGACGCAUGCCUUAUCAAUUCUGUGUACACCAGUUUUCCCCUACGGUCAGCUGAUUCUGACAGUGUAGGUGGGAUGUAGAGCAGUGGUACAUGUUAACUGAUUUUGGACUUGCUCAGAGUUUUGUGAAAUCACUUUGUGGAUACUGCCUCUGGUCUACUGAAUUGUAUGGACUGUAUAUUUUGUGGAGAACGUGGAGAGAGAUUUUUGAGAAUUGCUGUAACAUUAUGAAGGACAUUUCCUUGAAGCAGGAACAGCGUGUUGUGCUUUAGGGCUCCUGCAAUCCAGUAGAUGUGAACUACUUAGUAGCUGUGCUAAAAUGUAUUAGUCCAUUCAACUUAAAGCUGCACUAGACUGGCAUUUGUGUGGGUGAACAUGAACUAAUAUUAUAAGCAACAGAAAUAACACAAAGUUAGUUACAUUUUGUGGCGGGAUCUUUUGUCGCCUUGUGUUUUAUACAGAUGAUUUAUUUGAUUUUCCAGGUGGUGACUUUGACUGCCCACAGUUUCUCAGUAUGUUGUAGUUGUAAUUGCCAUAAUUUCCAUAAUGCUUUGACUUAUCAUCAAUGGUCCAUUCUAAGUAUCCUAAAUCAUGUAGUGGAAAGUUAUCUUCCUAGAGUUCAUUAUUUGCCUAACUGAAAUCUUGUCUGUGUGUGAUUACAGUCGGUGGUUAAAAUACAGUAGGUAUGUUAUAUUGCAUAUACAGUUCAGCUGUUGUGCACCUGGCUGGUACAAAGAGAGGUGUGCAGGAAAGAACUGAUAUUUGAUCCCUGAAAGGUCUCCUGUCCAUUUCAUUUCCAACGUAUUCAACCCCAGUGUUUCAAGUUAAGGUUGAAGCUGCUCAGCUGCUCGUGUUCCUGAGCGAAACAUCUCUACAAUGGUAAAAUACCUGUAGUUUCCCUUUUGAUGUAAAGGUUCGGCCACACAAAAAAACUUGGUUUUGACUUAAUAACGGCAUACAUUAACUUCAAAGAAGAUGCAUAUAGAGAAUAUACAGUAUAUGGAACAUUGUCGUAUUUGGUGGAUUUUUCUCUAAUUUUGAAGCAUGCAGAGAAUAACAGGAGAAACGUUGUGGUUGAACUGCUUGAACCUGCUUGACAUCAAAACUUUAUCAUGCUUAUUUUGAGUGAACUAUUCAGAACAAAUUACAUUUUUUACAACUUUAGCUUCCCACCAAAAGGUAAAAUAAGAAAGUACACUACCGUCUUUUAUAUAUGUUUCCUUGUAAAAUUACAAUUUACAAAAUGCUUGACCACACGUGUUUGUUAUAUUGGACCCGAUGAAGAGUCUGUAAGGUAUUGGGAACAAGAUUUCAGUGCAAAGUCCUUCAUCAGGUAACUUCCUUUGAGGAACACAAAUUAAAAAAUUGUUUAUUAAUAAUAAUAAUAAAUAAUUUCACAUCCUAAGCUGUAUCAAUUUUGUUAACUUAUUUUUUAUUUAUGUAAUUAUUAUGCUUUAAAUCUGGGCCUGGUCAUCAUGUUUCAAAGUAACCAUACAAAUACAGAAUGGGAGUGCUAAUGACAGAUUGUCUGCCUUUUUGUCUCCCUUUUGGUCGAUCUUGCAGGGGAAAUAUUGUUCCUGAGAUUUUUAAAUUUUUUAUUAUCUAAUUUUAUUUUCAAAGUUGAUGUUGUUCAUUGUCAGUUUUGUUGUCUGACACUGCAAAGCUUGGACAAGCACUUCUUUGUUUAGCCAGAAAUCUUUGUUUGCCUAUUUGUGUAAAAGUCUGUGUACCUGGAGAGAAAAUGUUGAUGAAAAUGAAGUGAUUUUUAUAAAUUGGAUUCACUUUUUUGUUGAUUUCAUGUGUUUGAAUUUGUAUAUUAUUCUGAACUGCUGAACAAAUUUGUGAAAGGUUUAAACAAUCAUAGACUUUGUUGAUGAUAGAGAAUAAAAAGUGUUUUUAUUACCACUAUCAAGA